AUGUCAGUUAUUCAUCCCUUCGUCGAAUUCGAAAAGGACCUCGAUGUUCGAAUAGCCGAAACAGGCGCGAAAUGGAAUUAUAAGAAGGACAGCCUCGUGUCAAGUCUAGAAGAAUUUUACGAAAAGGAAUGUCUCAAAGAGCCUUCCAAAUUUCCAAAGAUUGCCCUCAAUGUCAUGCAAGCUUUUAAAAAGACAGCCCAUAGUUCGCUUGAAGACCUGCUCAAAUGGGUUGAUACCACACAACGGAGUCAGGACGAUGAGUCCAAGCGCCAGCUCAAAGAUCUGGUAUAUAGCAUCGAGGAUCAUUUUCAGAGACAGACGUCACGAAACGAGAGACAAAGGCAUCACGCAGAACAGCAGUUGUUCAGGGCGGAGAGGAGCCGCCCCCCUAACCCUGCAUCAAACCCUGAGCAGAAGCCAGAAAAGCCCGUACCAAACCGUCGAACUUCCGUGUUAAAGCGCGUUGGCAGUGCCGGGAAGGCUUUCGAGCGUGCCAAAGUUACUGAGAGGAUCAUACGUAGCCAAGAGGCCAAUUGGGAGCCAAGACCCUCUCGCCAUCCUCAUCGGAGACAGAAUGUUAUGCACAUAGAAAAGACCUUAAAUGGUCUAAACAUGAAUCCAGAUAUUUCCAGGAAGACGCGGCCGUACAAACGAUCGCAAGCUUAUGGUAAUCCACAAGGGCCGGCUCGUCGCAUCUCCAUGACGGCCUCUAGAUCGCCCACAGCGAUCCAGCCCAAGAAGCGGUACGCAACAAGAUCUCUAUCGCAGGAACUGGAUGCUUCCGAGUUGCAAAGUGACGAGCCUGACGACGUUCCUGACAAGAUACACGCAAAACCUUCUUUGAAGCAGGAGCCUGUCGCUGCUCAGGGUUAUAGGCUUCCUCGAAUAAGCGAGGAACUCCUUAUAGACGGCGCAUUCAUUCUUGGGCAACAACUCAAUGAAGAGUUCAGUACUACAUCCUUUCUGGCUGAUGUUGAAGAAGACUCGGAUGGUGGGGAUACCGAAGUCGAGCAAAUGGCCGAGGAGGGACAAGGGCAACAGAAGAGGGAUCUUGAAGAGAAACCUCAAUCUGGGCCCGAUGGCACCAUUAUGCUUUCACCUCACAUGGCAAUGCGGCUCUGGAAAACCCUCCUGCGUAACAACGAGCGCGUCGAUUUUGCAAUAGCAGGAUGCGAAAACCUGGAAAAGCACGACAUCAAUGCGAGUUCCGUGAAUGAACUCAUUGAUACCUGGGUACCGGCAAUAAAGGAUCACCAUCAUAAAUUCAGGUCCAUCAAGAGUUGCUUUGCUGAUAUCGCUCGCCAUGUGCUCGAAGUCGAUCUCCCUCCUAACCCUGCGCGGAAAUGGGAAACCCCUAACUCCAGCUCUAUGCUGGGACACUCAGAAACCUCUGCGGGCACGGAAGGCUCUCAGUGUUUGUCAACUGCUCCUUCCAGCGGAUCUCGCGAUAGCUUCAUUAGCAGUAACGAUGACCAUAGCGGUGAAAAUGCAGAGAUGAACGCAAGUAGUGAAACGAAGCAUCCUGUUAUCCCAGACAGCAAGCCAGCGACAAGCUUCAGACCUGGAAUUUCUCGAGAGUUCAGUGUUCGGCAGCAAAAGAUCAAGAAAAACAGAGAGUCCGUGACCCGAGGCCCUUACCUGAGCCCUCCUUCGUCCGCUGGGACGCAAUAUAGCACGACACCGCAAAGCAGCCCGAGAGGCGGAGACUCACCCAACGAGUGGCAGAGCAGUCCGAAAGAGGAGAAAACUCCACAGAAGGACAGUGAUGGUGAGAAGGAGGCUGUCUCUGAAGAUAAGAAAGGAGAUGGCCCUGCUGGAGACAUGUCGAGCAACGGCACCGGUGAAUCCUCAGACAUACCUGAAGCAUCUCAAGAGGCGAGCACGCCAGCGCCAGGGAACAGUGAUACCUGCGAUGAUCCGGAUCCAGAUCCUACUAAAGGGGCUACCGCUGAUAUUGCCCUUUCACAUUCAUCAACAAAGGCUUCUGGUAUCUUCCAAUACUUGAAGCUGGGGCUUAGGUACUUGAUGUUGUUGGCGAAGCUAUUGAUACGCAAUCAGGUCUCGGCUUGGUGCCUUGCCAUCGAGUUUGUCUAUCAACUUAUGUCCUGGUCUUUUCAGCGUUUCAUCAGGUGUAGGAAUGUGGAUAAUAACGGUAAAGUGCUGAAAUCCCCCAUCCUAGUUCCGUAUGUGGAGUUGGGUUGUGUUUUCAACCACUUUUUUUCCUGUAUGUUCUUGGUUGGUGGUUAG